CACAGCAUCUUACACAACGUAAACAAGUUCGAGAAGGCGCCACCUCUUCACGGAGGAAUAAAAAAGAAAAAAGUAACUAAAAAGUUCUGGACAUAAAUGUAAAAGAGAUCUGGUUUACAUCACUAUCUACCGAUACAUAUAUAAUUGAGUUUUAAUGAUUUUUGGUUUAGCACGCAGCUGAACAGCUACUCAAGCUAAUUUGCUAACUUCACAUCGCAAAUCUCAACGAAAUAAUACUAAUAACUACACAAAAAUCGGAAUAUCUACAUUAAAAUGUCCCAUUUGAAUGAUCACAAGAUCUUGCGUCUUUCAUUAAUUGUUCUCUCUCAAAUCGCUUACAUUGUUGCUUUGAUUAUCAACGCACUCGCGGGACCUGGGAAAGGUCCGUUUCAGCACAGCACUGGAAAUGUAUCGGACAGAUAUCAGACAGAGAUCACUCCUGCUGGAUGGACCUUCUCUAUAUGGGGUGUGAUUUAUUCCUGGCUCUUCCUCAUGAACAUAUAUUUCCUGAGCUGGCUCUGUAGAGGGCUGUACUCAAGUCCAGCAAUCCUGCCCUCUGUAUUCUUUGUUUCAUGGAUCAUCAACCUGAUUUUAAACUGCACCUGGCUGGUCUUGUGGGACAGAGAAUUGAUGAUUCCUGCACUGAUAGUUCUUGCCCUGAUUGCUUUCACCAACUACCUGCUCAUCUACUUCUCAUGUGUUGGUUUACGGGCUCAUGGAUCUUGGCUCAAACAGCACCACCCAAAAGACCUGUUCUGCAUCAUAGUGCUGGUUCAAAAUGGUAUCGCCACUUAUGCAACAUGGACAACCAUUGCAACACUGCUCAACUUCACUGUUGUUUUGAAUGUGGCAUCAGUUUCUGCAACAAAUGCUGCAACAGCUUCUUUAAGCAUACUUCUGCUGGAAGUGAUUGUAUGGUUUUCAGUUGAAAACUUCCUAAUAGAGAAGCAUGUGCGUUACAUCCUCAGCGUUUACCCUGUGAUUAUCUAUGCUUUAUCUGGAAGCCUAAGCAAGCAUUAUGACUCAACAGCUCCAGGGCGGAAUGCAGUCUUUUCAGUGGUGCUGCUGGUGCUGGCCUGUAUUGUGUUCGUGGUGCGGUUGGCGCUGGUGGUUUGGAGACACAGGACUCGGCCUCUUUUUACCUAUAGUGAACCUUAAAGUCCUGAUGUCACCAAACAGCAGCACUGAAAAAUAAUUAAACCUCAUAAACCCAUUGCAUGUCACACUAAAUAACAAAACGGACACAAAUAAUGAUGCUUUCAGGUACAGUAUUUAUAAAUGUGUUUUGGCUAAAACAGAUGUACUACUAUGUAAUACAGUACAGUGUUUCUCAACCAUGACCACCAGCUCUGCCAUGUCUCCAUAUCCAAACACACCCGAUUCAUAUCGUCAGCUCAUUAACAGAGACUGAAAGACCUGUAAUGGGUGUGACAGACAAAGGAGGCAUCCAAAACAUGCAGUGUUGGUGGUCCUUCAGGAACGUGGUUGAGAAACACUGCAGUACUAUACAUCUAAUCUUGGGUCAGUACAUGUUUAUGAUAUUAAAUGAAUAGUUCCAUUUGAUUGUUCUAAACAUAAUUGAGUUUCUUUCUUCUGUUGAACACAAAAUAAAAUGUUUUGAAGAUUGCUGGAAAGGAGGGCAACACAGUGGCUCAGUGGUUAGCACUGUGGCCUCACAGCAAGAAGGUUGCUGGUUUGAGUCCCGGAUGGGCCAGUUGGCUUUUCUGUGUGGAGUUUGCAUGUUCUCCCUGUGUUGGCGUGGGUUUCCUCUGGGUGCUUCCGGUUUCCCCCACAGUCCAAAGACAUGCACUAUAGGUGAAUUGAAAAAACUAAAUUGUCCGUAGUGUAUGAGUGUGUGUUAAUGAGUGUGUAUGGGUGUUUCCCAAUACUGGUUUGCAGCUGGAAUGGCAUUCGCUUAGUAUAACAUAUGCUGAAAUAGUUGGUGGUUCAUUUAGCUGUGGGGACCUCUGAAAUAGAGACUAAGUCAAAGGAAAAUGAAUGAAUGAAUGCUGGAAAGUAGCAGUCAUUUCAUAGUAUAUUUCUGUUCCUACUAUGAAUGUCAGUGGCUGCUUUUUCCAACAUUCUUCAAAAUAUCUUUUGUGUUUAAUAGAAAAAACUCAUACACGUUUAGAAUCACUUGAGGGUGAGUAAUUUGUCUUUUUAGUGUGAGCUAUCAUGUUUAUUGUGUCCUAAUUUGUUUAAUACACCUCUUGUCAUUUAAAAUUUUUAAUGGCUGAUUUUAAAAGUCUUACUGAGGCUGCAUUUAUUUGAUAAAAAUACACUACAAAGAUUAGCAUAGUGAAAUAUAUUAUAAUUUACAGUUUUAUUUUACUGUUUUCUAUUCUUACAUUUUGUAACAUUUACUAUUAUGCAUGUCUAAUUUUGACCAAAAAUAUCUGUAUUAUAUUUGACUGUAUUUUGAAUAGGUAGUUAUGUAAAGUGUAUUUGAUACAGGGUUUUUGCAGGUCAAAAAAGGUCUUAAAAAAAGGGUGUGACAAUACAUUUUCCAUUUUAAUUUGAGUUUUCUAAAGCCAUUGCCAGAUAUUGGUUUUAAUCUGCACUAAGAAAAUGAAUAGCUGACUUUAAAAAAGAGAUUUAAACUCAUUGCCUACAAAUAUAUAGUGAAUGAACUAUCUGGGUAGUUAUAAAACUUAAGUCAACUUAACAGAUUCAAGUUUUAAUGGGUUUACUCACUCAAGUACUAAUCACUUUUUACUGUGUAAAUUCACUUGAUUUUAUUGAGUUUCUCAAAAGCAAGACUUCUUAUCCCAUAAGUUUGUUUCUCAAGGAAAUAUAUCUUGAUAUAAGACGUAUACUGGAAAAGGAGACAAAAAUACUGAUAUUACUUUAUUUGCAGUGCGACGAGAAAAAAAACUGUUUAAGUCAUCUAAAUACUUAAGUGUUUGGGAGCAAUGUUCUCAACUUUAAGCUAUUGUUUUGUAAAAAUGAAUUAAAAAGUAAUAUAAAUUCUAUUUGUAAGUUAGAAUUUAUAAUUAUUACACCUGAUUGGAUAUGCUGUCUAUAAAUGUACAUUGAGACACCCUAUUGACGUACAGUAUUGUGUUCCCUUCAAAUUAUUAUUAUUUUGAAACUUGAUCUUAAAAGCCUUACAAAAUUAUUAAGCUUAACUUUAUUAAAUCUGCAGAAACACUGUUAACAUUAACAUAUCGCAAAUUCUUUAAUCCAAAGCAAUAUACAAAAAUAAGUAGAAUUAUAUGCAGUAUAUAUCAUACAAGAACCAAUAAGGCUUGCAAUAACAUGUUUUAAGCAGUACAAAAACAUGUUUAUGUUUGUCUUUUUUUACACUUUUGCCUACAUUUUUAAAAACAACUUAUAAAAAGCUUAUUUACUGAGGUUUAAUAAAAUAUUUGAGAAGCA